CUCUGCUGCCUCAUACAAUUUUUCUCUCGGUACUUCCAUGUAGAAAGCAGAAUAAGCCAGAUCGUCUCCUUCCAACUCGUAAACUCGAGCCAAAGCAAUUGCCGUUAAAGUAUAUCGGCCAAGAAGAUGGCGGAGGAGAGCCGAAGAGCAGGCGGUGGCAUCCCAGGCGGAGGAACAUUGCAGCAGGGAGGAGUCAGGGGUAGCUAUUAUGAGGAAAAGAAGCCGGCUUUAGGAGCUGAUCAGGAAGUCGCUAGAGCUAAGAGGGUUGUGCUGAAGAGUGCGGACAUGAAGGAGGAGGUGCAAAAGGAGGCUAUCAGCUGCGCCGUCUCUGCGUUCGAUAAGCAUGCUGUGGACAAAGACAGAGCAGAAUACAUCAAGAAGGAGUUUGACAAGAAUCACGGUCCAACCUGGCAUUGCAUCGUUGGUCGAAACUUUGGUUCAUAUGUUACCCACGAGACAAACCACUUCAUCUAUUUUUACCUUGAUUCAAAGGCCGUCUUGUUGUUCAAGUCCGGAUGAUUAUUUGAUGCAGCGCAGCCUGACUUUGGCUUCCAAAUCCCCCUGCCUCACCUUUCUCAAGCAUUCUCUGUAUAUGAAAAAGACUCUCCCCUGUACGUUUCAGUUGGCUUUGUGUCGCCUACGAAGUCGGACACGAAUGCACAUUUCUGAUUGUAAUAUCUGUUGAAGGCAAGUUCUAUUUUUUUUAAUGUGACCAAAUGAUGAUAAAAUAUCUUCCCAAACACAAACUUGAUCCUUAGUAAGUACAUCUGUCGUUUAAUAAAGGUGUUUUUUUUUUUCUGAGCUAA